AUGAACGGACUCGAGAGUCCAUUGCCGCAGAGUGCAGGCUAUGCCGUUGUUGUCGGUUUGGGAUUCGUAUUUGCGUUCGGUAUGAUUUUGACCACUUUCAUGUUGAGACGGUACCAAAAGGAAAUUGUGACGGCAGAAGAGUUCGCCACGGCCGGGAGAACCGUCAAGACAGGCCUUAUCGCGGCAGCUGUGGUGUCGAGUUGGACCUGGGCUGCUACGCUACUGCAGUCGACGUCAAUGGUGUACAAAGUAGGUAUCUCUGGUGGCUACUACUAUGGUGCAGGAGCAUGUUUCCAAGUCAUCGCAUUUGCUACCGUAGCGAUCAAGGCCAAACAAAGAGCACCCAACGCACACACUUUUCUGGAAAUUAUCGAUGCCCGUUACGGAAAAUGGGCGCAUCUCACGUAUCUGUUUUUUGCGCUAGCUACCAACAUUCUCGUCACUGCGAUGCUUCUCACAGGAGGCUCGGCUGUCGUCUCUGCACUCACUGGUAUGGACACAAUCGCGGCUUGUUUCCUGUUACCCAUUGGUGUCAUCGUGUACACGCUGUUCGGUGGUAUCAAGGCUACUUUUCUGACAGACUAUGUUCACACCGUUGUCAUCAUCGUCAUCAUUUUGACUUUUGCGUUUACUGUGUAUGCCACAGAUGACACUCUUGGAUCCCCGUCAAAAGUGUAUGACUUGGUUCGUGCCGCCGCUGCUGCGCAUCCUAUCGAGGGAAAUGCCGGGGGAGAAUAUCUGACCAUGAGGUCAAGGUCGGGUGGUAUCUUUUUCGUCAUUAACUUGGUGGGUAAUUUUGGAACUAUCUUUUUGGACAACGGGUACUGGAAUAAAGCUAUUUCUGCAUCUCCAGCCGCAAGUUUACCUGGUUAUGUCCUCGGUGGUGUCUCCUGGUUCGCCAUUCCGACGCUGAUUUCGACCGCCUUGGGACUCGCAUGUCUGGCAUUGGAGUCUUCUCCUUCCUUCCCAACUUAUCCCAACAGAUUGAGCCCAGAGCAGGUAUCAGCUGGCCUGGUUUUACCAACUGCCGCAUCAACAUUGAUGGGGAACGGAGGAGCUGUUGCCGCUCUCAUUAUGAUUUUCAUGGCCGUUACUUCUGCCAUGUCUGCUGAACUGAUCUCUGUCUCAUCUAUUUUCACCUACGAUAUUUACCGUCGCUACAUCAAUCCAGCGGCCUCGGGAAAGAAACUUAUCAUGUCAUCGCACGCUACCUGUGUCUUUUUCGGCUUUGCCAUGGCUGCCUUCUCCGUAGGGCUUUAUAAGGGGAAUGUUGACAUGGGUUUCCUUUACGAGAUGAUGGGAGUCAUCAUUGGUGCUGCUGUGCUUCCUGCGACUCUCACACUUUUCUGGGAUAAACAAAAUACCGUUGCUGUCAUCGUGGCACCAAUCUUGGGUACCUGUCUGUCUAUUAUGUCAUGGUUGGUUUGCACGAAGAAGAAGGCUGGAACGCUAACAGUGGAAACGACUUUCGAAGACGAUCCAAUGUUGACUGGUAACGUAGUCGCGUUAUUAUCUCCUGCGGUUUUCAUUCCGAUUUUAACAUACAUUUUCAAGCCACAACACUUCAAUUGGGAGCUUUUGAGAGUUAUUAAAAGAGCUGAUGAAACCAGUGAGACUGAAUCAGCCGAGAACGUCAGUGGUGAAGUACAUGAAGGGGAUGGGGUAUCUUCAAAUUCAGCAGACAAGGAGAAAUUGCAAGCAAUUAAGUCGAGCGUGUCAGUGGCCCAAGAGGUACCAAAGGAAAAGAUAGAUGCCAUGGAAAAGGAAGAAGCUGUCCGACUGGAAAAGGCUGGAAAAAUUGGCUCCUACCUAACGAUAUUUUUUGCGUUGGCGUUUCUGGUUGUGUGGCCCAUGCCAAUGUAUGGGUCUGGCUAUGUCUUCAGCAAGAGAUUUUUUACAGGCUGGGUCGUGGUAUUAAUUAUAUGGAUAUUCUUUACCGGUUUUGCAGUAUGUGUUUACCCAUUAUGGGAAGGUCGGGAAGGAAUUUUCACCACGUUCCGUGGGGUUUAUUGGGAUUUGUCUGGCCAAACUUAUAAGCUUAGAGAGUGGCAAAACGAGCAUCCCGAAAAGAUGCAUGUCGUGCAAUCACAAAUCAGUGCUAGAUUGCAUUCAUCGGCUUCGGGAUUCGAAGAAGGUAACAUAGACGAAAUUAUCGAAUAA